CCGUCUGCGUGACCCGGAAGUGCUUCUUCAGUCGGUGGCGGAGAAAGGAGACUACUGAGAGUCGGGGGGUGAAAGUGGAGGUUGUGCACUGUUGUUAGCAUGCAGCGAUUACUCCUUCCGCCCUUGAAGGUCUUGAUGGGGAACCCGUGUCUCCGACUCCUGGUUCCUAGGGCGGCGCCUAGGACACAGUGUGGUUGCAGCUGUGGGAUCAGGCACUCCUUGAGGCCAGGGCAAUAUAGCACCAUCACUGAAGUAGGUUUGCAAUCUGGAAGGGGUACAGUGUCCCUUCCUUCAAAGGCUGCUGAGCGGGUGGUGGGCCGAUGGCUCCUGGUCUGCAGUGGAACAGUGGCUGGAGCAGUUAUUCUUGGUGGAGUAACUAGGUUGACAGAGUCUGGCCUCUCCAUGGUAGACUGGCAUUUAAUUAAAGAGAUGAAGCCACCUACAAGCCAGGAGGAAUGGGAAGCAGAAUUCCAAAAAUACCAGCAGUUUCCAGAAUUUAAAAUCUUGAAUCAUGAUAUGACGUUGCCAGAAUUCAAGUUCAUCUGGUAUAUGGAGUACUCACAUCGGAUGUGGGGUCGCCUUGUAGGGCUCGCGUACAUCCUGCCUGCUGCCUACUUUUGGAGAAAGGGCUGGCUCAACCGUGGCCUGAAAGGACGUGUUCUUGCCCUCUGUGGUUUAGUCUGCUUCCAGGGCCUGUUGGGAUGGUAUAUGGUGAAAAGUGGAUUAGAAGAAAAACCAGAUUCCCAUGACAUCCCUCGGGUCAGCCAGUACCGCCUCGCUGCCCACCUGGGAUCAGCCCUUGUUCUUUACUGCGCCAGCUUGUGGACCUCGCUGUCACUGCUGCUACCUCAGCACAAGUUGCCUGAAACCCGUCAACUCCUGUGGUUGAGACGAUGUGCUCAUGGGACGGCAGGCCUGGUAUUCCUUACGGCUCUCUCAGGGGCUUUUGUGGCAGGGCUGGAUGCUGGCCUUGUUUACAACUCCUUCCCCAAGAUGGGAGAAUCUUGGAUCCCAGAGGAUCUCUUUACCUUCUCCCCUCUCCUGAAGAAUGUUUUUGAGAAUCCCACCACGGUGCAGUUUGAUCACCGGAUUUUGGGAAUCACUUCAGUUACUGCCAUUACAGCGCUCUACUUCCUCUCCCGGAGAAUCCCCCUUCCUCGAAGGACCAAGAUAGCAGCAGCAACUCUGCUGGCUUUGGCAUACACGCAGGUGGGCUUGGGCAUUAGCACUCUGCUGAUGUAUGUUCCAACUCCUCUGGCUGCCACUCACCAGUCGGGCUCCCUAGCUCUGCUCAGUGUUGCCCUUUGGCUCAUGAAUGAACUCCGAAGAGUCCCAAAAUAAUUCUCAAGAGGAUCAGAUUUCUAAGGCUGAAACCACUUUUACGAGUUCGCCAGAGAGCGCAAGAACUGGGGCCUUUCUGCGAGGAUGACCGUGGCAUACCAAGUGGUUUCCCAGUUGGUCAAGUUAUUUAAACUCCUUGCCUAUUGUGGAGACAUUCACUGGAUCAAGAAAAUCAUUAAGUGUGGUUAUGCUAAAGGAACUUUUGAUGUGAAAAAUCAGAUUUAAUGUGGAGAAAGAAGUAUCUGCCAUUUGCUUCUUAACAGGCUCUGUCUCGGGUUUCUUAAUGUUGACAAGCUGUUGAUUGUACCUGCAAAAUCUGACUCCUUGACCUCCUGAGUCCUGGAUUCUGCCUGAGUAAAAAUUCUUUGAUUUUUACUUCACUUCCAUCAGGUAAAGAUUCAAAGGGAUGAACUGGCACAAUCUGAAGUAGCCAGAUAGCUUCAGCAAGAAACAGCAGCUAUCUUCUAGUGUCUUGAUUUCCGAAAAUGGGGAAGGCACUAACCUAGUUCCUCCUAUGAUAAUGCUGUUAUAGCACUAGGUCGGAUGAAUGGAUUAUAGUACAAAUCAGUUCCUGAAAGGAUCUCCACCAGCCUCAUAGAUAGGUAUGACCUUGAUGGUGUCAUACGUGGACAUCUAUUCAGAUAUUUAAACCAAUUGUUGAUUAACGAA